CGGCUCCGCUCGCAGCGAGGGCAUGACAGUUUGUAGUUGUGUUGUCCUCUGGCAGCACGGCGCAGACGAUGUUCACGAAAAGACAACUUCUCGCAAAUCCCCACGACAUGAGUUCCUCCGAAUAUGAACAGGCAAGAUGAACACGAUGAAGAUCCCAAAAUCCAAAAUUCCCAUCAAAAAUAAUGAAGAAGAUCCGCUCAGAACAAGUAGAACUAGAAGCGCACAUCCGCAUCAUACUUUUUCAAUUCCUUUUAUCUUGUCCUGUGUGUCGAAAUAAAACCAUCAGGCAGAAGCGAAGAGAAAUGCACGCACACUAGAGCUGCCUGGUUCUGAAACGGUUGUACGGCAAAAAGGUGUAGUACCUAAAUUCGGCGACAAGAGGAAUAAAAACGCACAAAGAUUCUUUGCUAGGUAGUAGAAAGAAAGUAUAUUCACACAACAAGCGACAAAUCAGUUUCCUUUCUUGCUCCACCCACGACGCCAGAAGUUUAAGAAAAAAUGGGCGCUCACGACAGUGUAUCCGGUGCAAAAGUAUCGUAUUCGUACAAAUGCAUUACAAAUUUUCUCAGCAUCCAUGACCGAUUGAAAAUAGUAGGUGAAGCAGUGACCGAAGUUUCACAACGCACUUGAAAAAACAGAACCUAGCAACUUUGCUUUCUUCUUGUUCGCGCUUGAAAAAUAGAGUUGUGAGAAAAAUUACGCAAAAACUGAGAGAAAACGAACUCAGAUCCAUGUAUGUGCUCAGCAUGAGAAAUAAAAUUUGUAAUGCAGAUUUGCCUUGGAAACAAGAUUUGUAAUGCAAGAAUUGCAUUUGUACGAGUGCGAUACUUUUGCACAGGAUACAGUGGUCUUUCCAUCGCCGGAUCCCGGGAAUCCGGGCAGGAUGUCCGAUAUGCAAUGCAAAAGUGUCUGGGUCUGGAACAAAGCAACUUGUCAUGCCAAAUCUGAACCAUGUGCAUGCCCAUGUGAAAAUCUGUGUUGCACGAUUACCAAAAGCUGUCCACUUUUCACCUAAUCGCGAGGCAGUUUCUCAUGCAGGAUAGGCAUGCUAGAACUCUCACAAAUUCUGUCAUGCUAUGUCCUUCAUGCCAGACCUCAUGGAUCAUGGAAAACCUGCAUGACAAGUCUGACACUCUUCCAGACCCAGACAUUAUUACAGUUGAUAUCCGAUCCGCCAACGUCACCGCAGUCGCGACACUCUCCAACAUUCUGAAAACGUCGCUCGGGCCGCAGGGACUCGACAAAAUGAUCGUCGACGACGUCGGUGACGUCGUGAUUACCAACGACGGCGCGACCAUUCUGAAAAAGUUGGAAAUUCAACACCCGGCGGCUAAGGUAUAGAUAGAUAGUCGAAGAACAAACCUUAUUCUCAUUUGUGAUGCGAGGUUUGCAUAAACAUACGUGAUUGAAGCUUUGAUUUGUAUUUGGCAUGCCGACGUGCAAUUACGUCGUGUAAUUUUAUCAAGCUGAUCCCGCAUGACAAACUCCAGGUUCUCGUCGAGCUCGCCGACCUGCAGGACCGCGAGGUCGGUGACGGCACCACUUCCGUCGUGCUCUUCGCCGCGGAACUGUUAAAACGCGGCAACGAGCUCGUGAAACAGCAGAUCCACCCGACGAGCGUGAUUUCCGGUUUUCGCCUGGCCAUGCGGGAAUCCGUGAAAUUCAUCAAGGAGAACAUGGGAAUCAAACUCGAACAGUUGAAUAGCAACGAGUUAUUGACCCAAGUCGCGAAGACCACCCUUUCCUCCAAGUUUGUCGGCGGGGAUUCCGAGUUUUUCAGCAAAUUGAUCGUGGACGCGGUCAACUCGGUGAAGAUUAAGAACGUCGAGGGCAAGUGGAAGUACCCGAUUAACCAGAUCAGCGUGUUGAAGUCCCACGGGAAAUCGUCGCGCGAAACCAUGUUGGUGGAAAACGGGUACGCGUUGCAACUGGCACGAGUGGCGCAGGGCUGCCCGACCCGGGUCGAGAACGCGAAGCUGGCGCUGCUGGAUUUUGACCUGAAAAAGUACUGCAUGCGACAGGCGGAGAUUUUGGUUUCGGACCCGGCGGAAUUGGAAAAGAUCAGGCAAAAGGAGAUGGAUAUCACGAAGGAGAGGAUUAACAAGGUACAGAAAUAGAUUUAAUGUUGAAGACGUGUAGCGUGCGCUUGCUGUGGUGCAUGACAAGUGUGCUGACAUGCUCCACUUACUUAGAUUUGUGUUGCGAAAUGCAGAUGAAAAACUUGAUCUGUGUUGCAAGAAGUUCCUAUCGAAACCCAAAAUUUUAUCAGAUCCUGGACACCGGCGCCAACGUGAUUAUGACAACCCGCGGUAUGGACGACAUGUCGAUCAAGUACCUGGUCGACGCCGGCGCCAUGGGCAUCCGUCGUGUGGACAAGGCGGACAUGAUAUUUCAAUGAAAAAUGCCCCCACCCCCGAACUUGGGAGCAUUUGUAUUGCAAACCUUUCCAAAUGAAACAUUCGCCCUCUUGCAUCUAUCAGCAGCACAGGUUUAUUUCAAUCGUGAACAGCAAAGAUUUGUAUUGCAAAAGACCCCAGCAAGAGCGGCGCUUGUCAUGCAAGCGAUGCUAUAUACACCUAGGCUCUGCAUCAGGAAAAUUGAAAUUCAUAAUCCUUUCAUGCAUGACAAAAAGUUUGCAUUUGGAAACUUCGCAUCACAAAUUUUUGCAAUUUCAGGGGUGGGGGGCGCUUUUCACUGUAAUACAUGAAGCGACUGGCCCGCGUCACUGGGGCAAAAAUCCAACUGACCUUGUCCUCUCUCGACGGUGGGGAGGAAUUUGACAAGGAAUCCCUCGGGGAAUGCGCUCUGGUGGAGGAGCAGCGGGUGGGAGAUAACGAUUUCAUCUUCAUCACGGGCGCGAAGGACAGCAGGGCGUCGACCUUGUUGUUGCGCGGCGCCAACGACUACAUGCUGGAAGAGACCGACCGGAGUAUCCACGACGCUCUGAUGGCUGUGGGAAAAACCGCGGAAAGCGCCACGGUCGUGCCAGGUAUAGUUAUACAAGUGAUCUUAGUAGGCACUGUGAGGUUCUUGUUUUUGUCAUGCGUAAGAAGCAAGUACUAAAAACGGCGGUGGCAGAGUGCCGGAUGAACAUGAUUUCUGUUUUAUGGUACUUGUCAUGGCUACAGGAAUCGCGACUGUCAUGCAAAAUAUACACUAACUUUAAACGAAUUUCAAUUUGACCAGGUGGUGGCGCGGUGGAGACCCAACUCUCCCUCCACUUGGACGAUUACGCAAGAACACUGGAUUCCCGGGAGCAGCUUGCCGUCGCCCAAUUUGCCGACGCUUUGAUGGUGAUCCCCACAACUCUGACCUGCAACGCGGCGCUCGAUGCGAUCGACCUGACCUCAAAACUGCGAGUAGCCCACCACGCAAGCAGGAGUGACAAGGCGAAGGCCGACCAGAAGUUUUUCGGCCUCGAUUUGAUUGGAAACAAGGUACUGCUAGGAGUUCUUUUUACACUUUGCACGACUGCAUGAGAAACUGACUUUCGUACUGUUGCAAGCACGCAUGACAUGAAGAUUUUUGGAUCAGAACGAGGAUAAUGUCAACAAAUCUGCAAUGCAGAAACGCAAGAACGACAAAUAUGAGUUCCACAUCAAACAUGAAAACAGAUCCACCAUAGCAUCAACAACGGAGUCGUCGAGCCGAUGGUAUCAAAGUUGAAAUCUUUGAAAUUUGCGACGGAAGCGGCGAUUACCAUUUUGCGAAUCGACGACUUAAUCAAAUUGGAGAAAGAGGGGGAAGGACAGUAGGAAAGUAAGUAAAUGAAUGCAGGUGUGAAUAGACAAGAAUCAUAUCACUGCGACGUGUUUUUUUCAUCUUCCAGGAGCAACAUUUCCUGUACACCUAGCGGUCUCGGCAACGGCAAGCCAAAUGCGUUUGCGUCUGCUGUCCCUGUGUCAACUGUACUUUUACGAAUUUUUUAGGUGAAAAUGGUAUUAGAACUUCUCUACUUCCAGAAGUUCCUAACUGUUUAUUGGACGAUGAAAAUCACUAGAUCAGACGUGAUUGGAUUGUAGUCAGUCACGAUCAUGUGUUUAACACUAUUUUAGGGGGCGAGAUGAAACUACUGUUCUUUUUUAUGUACCUGUACCUUUCACACGACGAACAAACUCCUAUGGCGAGCGAAACUUGAACUUGAAUUUGGAUGAAUUUGUCUGUGGUGGACGUCUUUGACUCUUAGUUCUUUGAUGGAAUUGUGGUCAACAACGGAGCAACAAUUGUGUACACCCCAUGUAUGAGAUGAAGCAGCUGCGAAAAAAAUUGUGAAAUAUUUUCGGGAGCAAAUGGCGCCAGGCAGAGGUGCGAUCAAGCUGC